CCCACGACGGUCGUUAAAUGCCUUCGCCCGUCGGCGCACCACUGACCACCCCCGAUUCGCUCCUCGCCAUCGCCGCGGCAGCCAACCGGAUCUUGGACUCCUCCUCCUCUGCACGCCCAUCGCCUCCGCCGAGCCGACGAGCAGCAUGUCCGAGAAGCGCGAAGCGAAGGGGGUCGCGGGGCGAGGGGAUUUCGAGCCCGGGAAGCCUCCGCCGUUCCGGAUCGGCGACAUCCGGGCCGCCAUUCCUGGGCAUUGUUGGGUGAGGGAUCCGUGGCGAUCGAUGAGCUAUGUCCUCCGCGACGCCGUUGUCAUCGCCGCUCUCGCGUUCUGCGCCGCCUACCUCGAUAGCUGGGCCUUCUGGCCGCUCUAUUGGUUCGCCCAGGGAACCAUGUUCUGGGCCGUCUUCGUUCUCGGCCACGAUUGUGGCCAUGGAAGUUUCUCCGACAUCCCGUGGCUCAACAACGUGGUGGGACAUUUGCUUCACUCCAGCAUUCUCGUGCCAUACCAUGGAUGGAGGAUUAGCCACAAGACUCAUCACCAGAACCAUGGGAAUGUGGACAAGGAUGAAUCUUGGCACCCGUUACCUGAGAAGGUCUACAGGGAAUUGAAUUCGACUAGCAAAAAGAUGCGGUUUACUGUACCAUUUCCCUUGUUUGCUUUCCCUGUAUACUUGAUGAGGAGGACCCCUGGAAGGGAGGAAGGCUCCCAUUUCCUACCGAGCAGCGGCUUGUUUGAUCCCAAAGAUGAACUAGACGUAGUGGUAUCUACCACAUGCUGGUCAGCCAUGGUUUCCUUGCUUGUGUGUCUAUCCUGGGUAUAUGGCCCCCUUCCGGUGCUCAAAUUGUAUGGCCUACCAUAUUUGGUCUUUGUUAUGUGGCUAGAUUUGGUCACUUAUUUGCACCAUCAUGGCCACAGCGAGAAGCUCCCCUGGUACCGUGGCAACGAAUGGAGCUACCUGCGAGGAGGAUUAACAACCAUUGACAGGGACUACGGUUGGAUCAAUAACAUCCACCAUGACAUUGGAACUCAUGUCGUACACCACCUCUUUCCCCAGAUCCCACAUUACAAUCUAAUUGAAGCAACAAAGGCUGCAAAGCCUGUGCUCGGUGAGUUCUACCGAGAACCCGAGAAGUCUGGGCCUCUUCCUCUGCAUCUCUUGGGGGUCCUACUGAGAAGCUUGAGAAUGGAUCACUUUGUUAGCGACGAGGGGGACGUUGUCUUCUACCAAACUGACCCUCAUCUGCUCAGUGGCAAGAAACACAAAUCCAUGUGAAGAGGAAAAAAAAGAAGACAAACAUCAAUCUGAAAUUAUAGUCUGGUGAUAUGGAACAGCACAAGACUCAUCUGGCAUCAGAUGUAUCCUCAUUCUUCAUUCUUUUUGAUACGGGAUUAGUUGAAUCAUGUACCCUUUUUCCAAUAAUUAUUUUGACAGUUUUGAAAUGACAAAUAGAUUUUCACUCGAA